CACACAACGACGUGACGGCAUUCCGAGCUUAUCCUCCCCCGCGCCGCAGUAGCCCAAGCAGCCGCCGAUUCGAUUCGGGAGAGUGCCAAUAUCUCGAAGCCUGACCGUUUUACCGACCUGCACGCGCGCUUGCCCUUCCGCCGCGUGAUUCCCCGAUCGGCUGUUCCUGCCCUCAGCCCAGCCCAGCCCAGUGACGACGCGCAGAUUGCAUGGUGCCGUAGCGCGCUUCCAUGCCUCGGCCCUCUUCGCGGGGACCUUUGUUUAGGGCACCUCUGUAGCAGGCUGCUCUGCUGCGCGCCGACUCUUGCUGGCCACCAUGUCCUUCUCCUCCAACAGCGACGCCGACUCGUCGCAAUCCCACGACUACGACGCGUCCCCCUACCACAACGGCAUCAACACCGACGACACGGUCCAUCAGGCCGACGGCGAUGCCAAUGGCCCCGACACGGCGUCGCACGAUUUCUACGCGAUCCGCGACGGCAAAGAAAAGGCCAAGGCUGUGCUGGCCGCCUCGGGCGUGAGUCUGGGAGACACGCAGCGGGCGCGGGCUACCAUGGCAUCGCCAGCCGCCGCAGAAAACAUCAAUGGCGCGUCUCCGUCCCGCAAGCGCUCGCGGUCUGGGUCGCGCAAGCUGUCGAGCACGUCGACCCAGCAGGAACGCGACGAGCAGACAAGCUCGCAGAAACACCUGCUCAACCGGUACAUUGCGCGCGAUCUGCUGGAUAGCGUCAACAAGUACGACCGCAACAAACAUUCAGAAAACGUCUACGGCCAAUUGAACGACCUUCGCCAUUUUUACCGCGAGGAACUUUAUGCCGUCCGCCGACAGAACCCCGGCGCAGUGUUUGGAUACGGCUAUGCUGGUUACGGCAACGGGAUAACAGACGUCCCCCCCAAUCCCAGGGAUCCCCAACCGCGACCGCAUUUGCUAUACCCCGAGGAGGCCAAGCGCGCGGGCAAGCGCAACGCGCCGCAGCUGAAGGUGGGGAGGGAAAAGAGUGCACAGCAGGCAGAGCAGAUGGAAGACCUGGUACCUGUACGGCUGGAUAUUGAACUGGAUAGGCUCAAGCUGCGAGACACUUUUACCUGGAACAUCCACGACCGCGUCACCGACCCUAGAUUGUUCGCCGAGACCCUCGUCGAGGACUUCCAGAUCCCACCCGAGCUGCGCCAGAACAUCAAGCACCAGGUCGAGCGCGAAAUACACGAGCAGAUUCAGGAUUUCUACCCGCAUGCAUUCUUCGACGAUGAAGCGCUCGACACCCACCUACCAUAUUCUGCAUACAAGAACGACGAGAUGCGCGUACUCAUCAAGCUGAAUAUUACGAUAGGGCAGCAUACUUUGGUGGACCAAUUCGAAUGGGAAAUCAACAAUGCGCUGAACUCGCCAGAGGAGUUUGCGGCGUCAAUGGCUGCGGAUCUCUCACUGUCGGGGGAAUUCACAACAGCCAUCGCGCACUCGAUACGGGAGCAAUGUCAGAUGUUCACAAAGAGUCUGUACAUAACAGGCCAUCCCUUCGACGGACGACCGGUGGAGGACGCCGACAUUCAAGACAAUUUCCUGGCCUCCCCAUUACCUUCCGUAUUCCGACCCAUGCAAUCCACAAAGGACUACCAGCCGUACUUGUAUGAGCUCAGCCAUACUGAACUGGAACGCGCCGAGUUGUCUAUCAUGCGAGAGCAACGGCGACAGAAGCGCUCUGUCAACCGACGUGGUGGCCCAGCACUACCAGAUCUCAAAGACCGUCAGCGAACGGUCCGUACGUUGGUGGUCUCAUCAGUUCUUCCUGGAGCUGCUGAUUCUCUCGAGGAGAGCCAUCUGUUCAAAGCGACGCGGAAAACUAAAGAAGGCCGGCGCCGUGUUGGCGAUGAGGAUUCAGACGAUUCAGAUAGUGACGAGUCGGUAGCGGAGUCCCCGGCGCCAACACAGAUGAUGACUGGAGGUACCGCUCGAACCAGAGGCAUGCGCGGAGCCGCUACUGCGGCUCAGAUUGCCAUGAGAUCAGCCAUGGGACGAUCAGCGACACCAGAAAUCUCGGCUCUGCAGACUCACCACGAGAUACGGACAACGAGACAACUGAGAUACGAGGCUCGAGAUGAGAGUGUUGUUGAUUCCAACACUCUGAUCGUGAAACUCCGCAUUUCGUCUGCCAAACUCAGGGAGUUUCAGCGGAAUCCAAAGGCUUUCACAAGGCCUUCCGCGACACCCAUGAUGGCACCCGCACCGCCUCCCACACGAGGCACACCUGCGAACUCGAUGCCUCCGCCGCCUUCUCCGGCUAUGGCUCCUCGCCCUACCCCGCCUUCCACACCCACCCCAGCUUCAAGGCAGUGGCAAUACAAAGCUGAUGGCUCACUCGACGCGCCGUGGCCAUCGCCCGCCACUUCUCAACACCCUCCCCCGCCAACAUGGCUUCAACAAUCCCUACAAGAACUGCGCGACAGGAAUCCAGGCGAACUAUUCGAGUCCACCAUGCGUUACGUCGUCAUGAACGAGGCUUUCGAAAAUCCAGUCUCCAAGAGAGUGGAAGCAAGACCUGUCAAGCAGGAUCACCUAUCGACGGACUCUCCUCUUCCACCAAAUCACAAGGCAUAUUUCCUGCCCCGAAUACGCUGUAUGGACUGUCCUGGGAAACUAUACAACGCGGGUCCAGAGCAGUCGGUCAGCAAUUUUGAGCUGCACCUCAAGAACCGCAUCCAUGUGGACAAUGUGCGUAAGCGCAUGGGGAAUUGAGUCGUUUUGGGGGACUGGCACUGUUGAUAAUCGGUAUCAUUGGGAAUUUUUGUUCGGGAAUGGAGAAUGGUUGCCGAAAACUUCUUUGUACAACAAAACAACAGAUCAACUUGGGAUCUUGGGGGGG